AUGAUUGGACUCAAGGGGACUGUCAAUAUUAUCGACAACACGGGCGCACUCCUCGUCGAAUGCGUCAAUGUACUCAAGAACAAGACAUCCCACGGCCACGCAUCCAUCGGAGACGUCUUUGUCUGUGUCGUACAACGUGCAAGACCCAUUUCCCAAUCCUCGUCGGGCCCAUCCAGCGGUUCGACCCUCACCGCACUCAAAGUUAAACGCGGAGACGUCCUCAGAGCUGUUCUCGUCCGCUCAAAGAGACCUGUUAUGCGUCCAGACGGUCGUUUCGUCCGCUUUGACGACAAUGCCGCUGUUUUGGUCAACAAGAAGAACGAGUUGAUUGGCACGCGAAUAGGUGGUGUUGUAUCUAGUGAUUUGAGGAAUAAGGGCUGGGGUAAAAUAGUCGCGUUGGCUCCAAAGGCUAUUUGA